GACUCCAUUUGGCGGAAGAGGGAAACAUAACCUGAAACAUUCGAGUUUCGCACCCAUUUGUCAGAACUCAAAACCCUAAUUUCUUCUUCUUCAAAGCGACUUGGUUUUGACGAGAUAAAAAUGUGGAAUCUUGAUCGUGAUUGGUACUCUCCCAGAAGCCUUCUCAGCACUCCCACCCAUUAUCAUUUUCCAGGUGAUCGAUUCAUACCCAACAGGAGUUUGAUGGAUCUUGAUCAAGCUCACAGUUUACUCACCAACAGGUUCAAGAUAACUCCUCACAAUGAACGAUUCAGUGAAGCGUACAGACAGAAACUGGAUGAGACACUGAGUUUGGGUUCAGAUGGGAAGCCAUUUAGGAUGUUGGUUUUCAGGGGAUGUCCAAAAUCAAGUAGAAAAUCCCUUCGUCACAUCGAUGAGAUGCGGGAAGCAGAGGCGGCGGCAUUACGAAACAGUAACAAUCAGUCCCACUCUCGUGCAAUGCCUAAGAAAGAAGCAAGGAUAUUGGAUGCACCAAAUAUUAUAAAUGAUUACUACGCAAACAUCAUGGAUUGGGGGAAAAACAACAUUCUAGCUGUUGCUUUGGGCUCAGAAAUUUUCCUUUGGAACUCCUUGAACAGCAAUGUACUUCAGCUGUUUGAAGGCACCGACGACGAUUGUCCCACCAGUGUUGCGUGGUCUCAAGAUGCCAAACUUCUGGCAGCAGGAUUUAUGAACUCUAAACUUCAACUCUGGGAUGCUGAGACUUCUAAGCCAAUAAGAAUGCUAGAAGGUCAUAGGAAAAGGGUAGCAAGCAUUGCAUGGAAUGGUGAUACUUUAACUUCCGGAAGCCAUGACAACUCCAUAAUCAACCAUGAUGUUAGAGCAAGAAGAAACGUUACUUCACGUGUUAAAGCACACAGAGGAGAAGUUUGUGGUUUGAAAUGGUCAAGAAGGGGAAAUAUGUUGGCAAGUGGUGGCAGUGAUAAUCAUAUCUAUAUAUGGGACUCAUCUAAAAUGAGUUCGUCGAGCUUCUUGCACUGUUUUAAGGACCAUCGUGCUGCAGUCAAGGCCCUUGCGUGGUGCCCUUAUGAUUCAAAUGUGCUUGGUUCUGGAGGUGGCACAGAUGAUAGAUGUAUUAAGAUAUGGAAUGUUCAAAAAGGAACUUGCAUUCGCAGCAUAGAUACUGCAGCUCAGGUGUGUGGAUUAGAAUGGAAUAGACAUUAUAAGGAGAUUUUAAGUGCCCAUGGCUUUAGUACAAGUUCAUCGCACGACCAACUUUGUUUGUGGAGCUAUCCAUCCAUGACUAAAGUGGGAGGCUUGGACCCUCAUGCUUCAAGAGUACUCCAUCUAUCUCAGAGCCCGGAUGGGUUAACAGUGGUGUCAGCUGGGGCAGAUGAACGUCUUCGCUUUUGGGAUAUUUUUGGGCCACCUGCUACUGAUACAUCAAAGAUCUCAUAUCUGGAUAACCUUUUGUCUUUUAAGAUAUCCCAAUUAAGAUAACCUUUUAUAUUACAUAUUUUCCCAUUUUGCAUUCCUCACUUUUCAUUGAUUUUGUUUUAAUUUUUCUGUUUUGUGAAAGGUGAUCGUUUCAUACCCAACAGGAGUUUGAUGGAUCUUGAUCAAGCCCAGAGUUUGCUCACCAACAGGACUGAGAAAAUUCAGUGACAAUUCAAUUUGUCUUGUGCAGAAUUCCACAACACAUGUGUUUCCAGCUUUUGAAAUUCACCUGACAUUUUUACUUCUGGCAACAUAGCAGGGCUGAAGGAGUUAGGAUUGGAUUAUCUGGUUUUGAUGGUUGGAUUUGAGUAGAUUAGAUGAUAUAGAUGUUUUUCCAUCUUAAUUAUCAUUAAGAUUGGAAACAGCCUUUUGAUAACCAGUGAAGACAAUUUGUAAAGAAAACUAGGAAACUGGAUCCUCUCCUGCAGGAUUUCUCUGCAGCAUCCCUGCAGCGCAAACAUGGGCCGCCGCCUGAUUAAUCCAGUGGCAGUAAAGGGGUAGUGACUAUGCAAGGAAGAGAUAGUGCUAAUUAGUACUGAUGCAAGACAUAAAUUGCUACUGAUCAGUAGCAUGAUUUUCUUUAACAUGUUUCGGUAUUUUUGUAUAGGCCAAAUCAUUUGGCUAGAUUUUGAUAUAAACUAUGGUUGAUUUGGUUGCAUGUGAUGUGAGUUGGCAACUAUAUAUAUAUAUAUAUAUAUUUUUUUUUUGAAAUUAAGUUGGCAACUGAC